GAAUUAAAUGCCCAGUGGCUCACUCACAACAACUGGUCUCAGAACUCAGAUAUGCACAUUAAAAUAGCUAGACGAAACCGAACAAUCCAAGACCCUCCGUAUCCCUCUUCUUCUCCAACCUCAUUAUGUUUCUCAUCAUUCCCCGUAUCGUCCCCAGAUUUAGAAUCUGAACUAAGAUUUCUUCAUGGGUUUCAUUUUCACUCCAAAACUCAAAUCUAAAACCGGCAAUAACGAGAACUGGGGCAUGGGUUUGCUUCUGGUCUUUUUUCCUGAAGAUAAAAACGAUUCCUUUCUCCAGAAAAACAAUACCCUUUUAUCUUCUUCUUCGUCUUCGAUUAGACGAACAAACUCUAGUGCUUUGUUUACAAAAGCUCAAUCGACUAUUUCCAUUUGUGCUCUCUUUGUUUUUCUUACACUACUUCUCUUCACUCUCUCCACUUUCGAACCCUCUGUGAACAUUCCCAAUUCUAUCACAACCCCACGGAGAUUUUUAUCUCAAAAAUCUCCUUCCUCAAACACAUUCUCUUCUUUCUUGAAAUUGCCCGGUUAUUUUGGUAGCGAUAAGCGAAAUAAUGAAACGACGUCGUUUGCGUUACAAGGGAUGGGGACUCUGUACAGGCGUGGGACGAUAGCCAUGAGUGAUCUCGUUGUUGCUCAUGUUAUUGAAGAUGUUAAAGAAAAUGAAUUUCGUUUGUUUUUGAGACUUUUGCAUCGCUCUGGCCUUACUGCUAGAGCUGAUGUUGCUUUCCUCUUUGGUUCUUCGUCUUUGUUGUUAAAGUUUAGUCCUUUAAUUCAUGAAGAGAACGAAUCGUUCUUGAAACUCGUUCAACAUUACAAGGGAUCGAAUGAUACGAGUUCUAAGCACCUAGUGUUGAGUUUUGAUAUAACUCAGUUUGUCAAAGCGGCGAAGAAAGAAAUGCCGGAGCCUCUAUGGGGUAAGAAAAUUCGAGGGAAUCUGAGUAACUCGGUGGAAGAUGGUGAUCAAGGUGAGUCAAAUCGGGUGAAUUAUGGAUCCUUAGUGGGUUUUGAAGUGAGCGAGUUAGACCCAGAGAACUCACUCGCUGGAUUUCUUGAUCACGUUCCAAUUGGUCUGAGGAGAUGGGCUUGUUACCCAAUGCUACUCGGCCGAGUCAGGCGAAAUUUCAAGCAUAUAGCUUUAAUAGAUGUGAAAAACAUGGUGGUUGUCGAUGACCCACUGGGCCGAGUCAGGAAUCGGAGCCUUGACUCAGUGCAUGUCACAAUGAAACAAGAUGAAAAGCACAAAAAACGAAACUCGGACAAAACUCAGUCUCAUCACCAGGCGAACUCAGCAAUAAUAAUGGGUGGAACUCGGGGAGUGCGGAGGCUUUCGAGUGUCGUUUUAACAGAAAUAGUCAGAGCCGCCAUGCAACACAAGAAGAACUCAGUGACUGAGUCAGGGAUAUUGAACCGAGUCGUGGGCAACGAACACAUUUCAAAGAACAUCGAUUUGGUUACGUCAAGUGAGUCAAUACGAUAUACGAGUUCACUCAGUGGGUCAAGGUCAAAGUCAAGUUUGGGGAGUUUUGGAUUAUUACAACGCGGUAAUAGUAAUAGUAAUGAUGAUGUCAUCGAUUCUAUAAUUAUGAAGCAAAUAUGUUAUUGUGAAGAAGAUUCUUCUGUUUAUAAAAAUUGUUAAAACUGGAAAAAUACAAUUGGAAGAGAAAUAGAUAGAAUUUUUAUUAUUAUUAUUUUUCCUUCAUUUUAUAAAAUAAGAAGUUUUGUUGCUUUUGGUGUAA